AAAUUUUCCCUCGACCCGUCGAGUUGUGUGUCGCCCCUGCAGAAAGUUCUCCAGCUCCAGAGGAAAGAAAGGAAUAUGCUCUCGCCCCGCGGCUUUCAAGACAUCAAGGAUCACAUCUCAGCGAACGAAGACAAAAUCCAUCUGCUGGAGGAGAUAAACGCCAUAUUGAAGGAGAGACACGAUCACGAGGCGAACUACAAGUCAAUGUCGCUGAAAUUCGCAAAGAUGCAGAAGGAGGAGCGGGAGAGGCAGGAAGAGUACGACAAGACACGCAAGGAGUUGCUGAGUGAGCUGGAGCACAAGGGGGCGCACCUGUGCAAGGAGCAUGCUCGGCUCAUGCACCAGAUCGAGCACAUCCAGUGGCACCUGGAGGGAUGCGCCAAGCACCACAAGCCUCCCUGUCAUGGGAAGCCGCGCGACAACAUCCACAGGCACCAUCACGGGAAGGAGAAGCUGCCGCCGGCGACUGCGGCGACCACGGCCACGACAACAACGGCUGCAACAAGUUGUCAGUCCUCGGCUACAACCAAUGCAACUAUUCACGCUCAUAUUCAUCUCCCAGUGCGUCCGUCGCAGAUGGCGAACUUGCGCAACACUUCCGAGCGUCUCGUGAAGCAUAUUGUGGAUCUCAGGAAGAGGACUUUCGUGCUGAGUGAGCGCCUUGAGCACGAGGUGGUGCGCAAGAAGGAGAUGGAGAAGAAGCUCACGGACAUCCGGAAGGAUAUAUCGCGCCAGAAGAAGAUGCUAUCGAUGCGCCGGGCCACACCUCUGCCCGCUCUGCCGCCUGUGGCGACCAAGAAGCAAAUUCCCGCCAAAUAGCCUUUGGCGAGGAGCAAUUCAGAAAGCGAUUGCUGUCUGAGGUGCCCUCAUAAAGGAAUCUGUCGCUCGGCGACAACCUGGAUGGAUUGAAGGAUUGGGAAUCAAAGGAGACUGGACUGGAAUGGAACAAAAUGCGAAGGAAUCUGGAGAAACUUCUUAUGGCUCAAUGGCAAAAGCAAGCAAGACAUUUAUAACUACGGAAUUAGCACAUGGCACUGCAGUUACCAUUAGAAGGCACGAUGUAAGUUAUGGUUAGAUUUCUACUGAACCUUUCCCACAAUAUUCUAUCGCGCUAGACGAAGAAGUUGACCAGAGUGUUGAGUUUUGGAAAUUCUAAUGAGAAUUACUGGUUAUUUGGAUGCGUUAUGGCCAAUGUUUGAUGAUUUUGUAGAUGGAUGAACCCUCAGAUAGCCAGAUGGCAAAUAAAUAUAUUCAAU